CCAGAGUCGACCGUUAUGCCGUCCAAGCCGAAGAAGCAGGCACCUCCCGCGGUGGUUUAUCCCACGCACGCCGAGCUCGAACAGCGCACGAGAGACCUCAAUCUGGCCGUCCUGCGUCGUCACUAUCCCGGAAUCAUGGCCAUCAAGCACACUGCCGCAUACAUGGAGCUCUACAACGUUAACCGAGACACGGGCCAGUGGGAGAAGGGUGAAAUCGCAGGCCCCGUCUUCGUCUGCAGACUGGAGCCAACCUCCCAUCGGCCCUGCCGCUUCUCUGUGGUCAUUCUCAGUCGCAUGGGACUCAACAACUUUGAGUGGAAUAUCUCUGGCGACGACGACAUGGAGAUUGAGGGCGAGUUCAUCAUUCUCAGCCGGGGUGACGGCCACGCGGGUUAUGGGCUCUGGGUGUGGGAGCCACCGUCAACAGCCAAUGUUCGGAGCAACACGGCCGCAGCAAUCCAGGACGCCAUCGACAGCGUGAGAGAAGCUACCCAACUCCAACCUCCGCAGUCUGCCAGGCACGCCGUUCCCAGCCAGCCCACAGGCCAUCAGGUCUCCCUCCUCGAGCUAUUUGGCCAGGGCACUGGGCAACAUGCCAGGGAUGCCAGCCAAUACGCCCAGGAAGGCGGACCUGCCACCAACGAUGUCUUGGCCCAACUAUUCACCAAAGCGAAGCAAGAUUACGAGGCCACAGGCUCAUGA